CAUUGCGGUGGAUGGUUAGUGAGCUGCAAACAGGCAAAUAGCAGUUGCUACUGUGUGGAAAAAAGAGGAACGGAGUGAGUGUCGGAUGAGGGAGAGUGUGUGAAGAAGAGCCAGCGAGGAAGAGUAACUGGAAGGUGAGCCGUGAGAGGGACAGUCAUCGUCAGCGGGGCUGAAGAGGAGAUCCUAAACUGCCUCCUGCCUUGGAUAUGAAACUGAUAUAUGAACUUUCCAAUGUGUUUCUGUGUUGACGUGGAUGGCUUUACCACCUAGCUGGGCAUGAACACUUUGUCCAAGGCAACAGUUAGUUAUGUUAUGGUUAUGAGUUAUGGUAUUUCCAGAAAUGGAGACAGACCUUGUUACCCUGUGUGGUCUGUACAGUCAGCAGCUUCAUGCAAAGAUUACACAAGAGCUGAGUUUUAAAAUAGACCUAAAUUAAAUCCUGGAAAAUGAAACAGAUCAUGGCUUCUCUGUGCGGAUACAACUUGCACAAAGCUGUAUGGAAAUUAUUGAGAAACUACAAUAAAUAAUUGUGUUUAACUGACUAUUUAAAAAGAAAUUUAAACCAGAACAAAGUUGCCAAAGUUUAGCCGGCUUUACCUGCAGGACUCACAGGUUUGGAUUUUAGAAAAACUACUUAACUAAAUGAUUAUUUGAUUGAACAAAGCAGAAAGACUAGACACAGGAAGUGGAACUGCCUCCAACUUUGUAACGACGGAGAGAAACUAAAGUGCUGACACAGUGAACCCGCCGAUCAUCAGCUAAUGGAGAGUAAGGAGGAGGUGAAGUGUAGCGGAGAGGCCAUGUCUCUGCCCGCCAACCUGAGCUGCCUGCAGGGAGCAGAGGGGGAGGCGGCACUGGCCACGCUGGAGAAACAGCUGAUCUGUCCCAUCUGUCUGGAGCUGUUCAACAAACCGGUGGUCAUCCUGCCCUGCCAGCACAACCUGUGCAGGAAGUGUGCCAACAAGCUCUACCAGCCCUCCCUGUUCCAGGCCCGCACCACCAUGCAGGUGAACAGCGGGCGUUUCCUCUGUCCGUCCUGCAGACAUGAAGUGGUGCUGGACCGCCACGGCGUCUACGGUCUGCCGCGGAACCUGCUGGUGGAGAACAUCAUCGACGUCUACAAACAGGAAGUCAGCAACAACAGCAACGCCACAUGCCCCCGCCCUCUUCCUCCACCUUCUGCUCAGCUAACAUGUUCAGACCACGAGGGCGAGAAGGUGAACAUCUACUGCCUCACCUGUCAGCGUCCUACAUGUUCUCUCUGUAAAGUGUUUGGGGCUCAUCACGCCUGCCAGGUGGCCCCUCUUACAGACAUCUGGCACCAGCAGAAGGAUGAGUUGAGUGAAGCAGUCAGCUCUCUGGCGGCGGUCAACAAUAAAGUCCAGACGUUGAUAAAUGAGCUGGAGGAGACGUGCAGAAACGUGGAGGAGAACUGUAAGACUCAGAAACAAAGUGUGUGUGAGACAUUCAGUCGAGUGUUUUCCAUCCUGGAGGAGAGACAGAAGGCGAUGAUGCAGCGAAUCAGCACUGAGCAGGAAGAGAAGACAGGCCAUGCCCAGGAGCUGAUGCGUUGCUAUGGAGACAGCGUGGAGGCCAACAGCAAACUGGUGGAGCGAGCAGUGAGCUGCAUGGAGGAGCCAGACAUGGCUGCUUUUGUUCAGAAUUCCAAAGAGCUAAUCACAGAAGUGAUAGCAGCGAGCAGCUCCUGUCCAGCUGAGGCUCUAAAACCAGGCUGUGAGAGUUUGAGCCACUACAGAUUUGACUUCAGCAGACAGGAGAAAGCUUUGAAGAGCAUUGACUUCCUCAAAGUUGUGGAAGAGGUUCCUGAAGAAGCAGAGGUGGAACCGGAGCCAGAGGAACCCAAAGAGGACUCUGUCCAGAACGUGGAACCAGAACAGCAUCAGGAAACCUCGGCCCAGAACCUGGACCCUGGUGUAGAAGCCAUUCCAGAGCUGGUAUCCCCACCAGAGGAACUGACUGCAGUGACACUCCCGGUGAGUUACACUGUGGAGCCUGCAGUGGCGCUUCUGCAGCCAGAGACUGACAACCUGGACGUAGCUGAUGGAGGAUCUGUUCUGUUGAACCGGGGUGUUGGACUGGGGGUGGAAAUGGGACUGAGUACCCCAAAAGCUGCUGGAAUGAAUAGCUGUGGAUGCAGGGAGGGACCCAUAGAGAACGCCUGUCUGCAAGGCCCAGAAUUCUGUGCUGCGCCACUGCUGAUGAAGAAAGAGGAGGCGGAGAAAGAGGAGGGGGAGAAAGUGGAGCCGGAGGGACAUGCAGCUCCUGAACCUGUUAAAGAGGGAAACAUCUGUGAAGAGCAGGAGGGAAUGAGCACAGUACAGUGUGAGGCAUUAAGCGAUGCAGAUGAUUGGACGACACAGAGUGCCACCGAGGACCAACAAGACACUCAGGAUGAAGAAGAAAUGAUAAAGGAGGAAAUGGCUGCUGGGCUUUACCCCGGCUGGCACCCCCCCGGCAGCUGGCGCAGAGUUAGCCCUGUCCCUGCAGACAUCUCGCCAAAGGUUUUGGAUGCAGAGCAGACCCUGUGUCCAGAAGCUGGGAUCCAGGCUGAGGCGGAAGGUGCAGUCCAAGUCGUGUCUGAGCCCCAAAUACAACCACGUUCUGGGGAUCCGGGGAGUUUGGAAACACCGCAGGCGCAGAAACCAGAGCAGAGCAUGUCCAACCCCAACCAACCUUCACCUGGACCACAACAACUCCUACUUUCCACUGAGCUUCAUACCCAACAACACCUUCCUCUACCGCAUGAGUCGGAGCGCAAAAGUCUCUCUCUAUUUCAGUCUCCCCCACAGACAGUACCUGUUGAGCAGGGCAGUGCUUUAACACCUGUUCCCCAUCUGUUACUGACUGGGCAGGCAGCCGGAGACGCUGGUAUCUCAGAGGAGGAAACUGAGGAGGAGGACAUGCAGGGCUGGGUGUGCCUACCCGGGGCUGUGGAUCAAAGCUUCAGCCUAGCACACGAUAGUCCAUCAUUACAUCCAGCGGAGACUUCUGAGAGAGGUAGCUCAGAGAUGGGUGAAGACGAGUUUGAGCUGACUGAUGGAGGAGCAGAGGAUGCAGAAGAGACAGAGCAACAUGAUGAAGAUCCUUUAGAUCUGAAAUGUGCUUCCGACCUGAGAGAAAGAGAGCUUGAGACGAUGAAUGAAGGGCUGGAAGAAGGAAACAUACGGUGUGAUGAAAGGAAAGAAAAGAUGGGUUGUGUCCAUAUGAGGGAGGAUGGCUCUGAGCAGAAACAUGUCAGCCUGGACACGGGACACCCUGGGGUGGAGAGGAAGACUAGCUGGAUGCAGGGAGCCGGCAACACAGGGUCUGAGGAAAAGAAAGAGGAUAAUGGAGAGAACAGCGAGCAGCCUCAAGACCUUUACGGCAAAAUGGAAACAAGUGUUCAUGAAACUGAAGAAAAAAUAACCUCCUCUGUUUCUCUCCAGGCUGUCACUCUGCUCUUCUACCUGUUGGCCUUCCUGGUCAUCCUGCAGAGGGUUUGGGCUUACAUCGGCUGCUUCAUUUGCACAUAACCCCAGCAGGAGACACAUCCACCCUCACUGCUGCACAGUUCAGCUGGAGACUGAGACAAAGAGUCCUGCUUGGACCGGUCCUCCUCCCUCCUCCUCUUCCUCGUCUUUCACCCUCGGUGAGGUUCCUCGUCGACCCAGUUUCUGCUUCUCCUGGCUGAACUCUGUCCACAAGAAGUAGAGGAAAGAGAAAAGAGAAGAUGUUUUGCUAAGGAGAGAAAGCAGAAAAGAUGCACUCCAGAGUCUGAUUUGUAGACUGCAAAUGUAGACUAGUCCCAGCACUAGUCCCAGCACUGCCCUGAGACAAAAAACAUACGUGCACUUGGAUUAAAUUUGCAGCAGUUUUAUCAACAGGCUCUGUUGUGUUCUGAAUAUUCAUCCAAUUUAAAACAAUGUAGUACAAGAUAGGAAUAGAUCUGUGUGCCUAAAGGGGAAAACACUGACUCUGUUGGGCUCUUAUUUUGAAACUGUAUUUAGAAGAAGCUGUUGCCCUUCACAGCAGAACAGGUUUUUAAGACGCAGUGUCGAGGAAAUAGUAUAAGUAUUCUAUCGUACUAGGUAGUACUAGUACUCAGUGGUGUAACUUAAGUAAGUAGGCCCAUAUUUACUAGAGUACUGUACUUAAGUACAAUUUAAUGCUACCUUAUAAUUCUACUCUAAAACAUCUCUGAUGGAAUAGUAUAAGUAUUCUAUCAUUGUACUAGGUAGUACUAGUAUUCAGUGGUGUAACUUAAGUAAGUAGGCCCAUAUUUACUCGAGUACUGUACUUAAGUACAAUUUAAUGCUACUUUAUAAUUCUACUCUAGUACAUCUCUGAUGGAAAGAUUGUACUUUUUACUCUACUACAUUUAUCUGACAGCUUUAGUGUAAAAAAAUCAUACAUAAACAUAUGUUUACAUGAUGCAUUACUUUACUACAAAUCUACUGAGUAGCAUACAACGUAUCUAAAAUGAGCUCCACAUUGAUCAUAUGAAACUGUAAAAUUUGUUUGUUUCAUAGAAAAUAUAUAUUUUUAAAAUAAUAUAAUAUAUACAGUAUAUAUAGAUAUUUAUCCAUAUAUAAAUACAAUUUUUUUUUUAAACAUAACACUUUGAAAGGAGCUGUCAUAUUGAGUACUUUUGAUACUUUAAGUACAUUUUGCUAAUAAUACAUGGAUUCCUUUCUUUAACAUUUUGAAUUCAGGCCUUUUACUGCUAUAUGAUAUGAUAUGAUAUGAUGUUAUUUAGGUGGUUGCCACUUAGUGGCCCUUCCCUUCCGCCCCAAUUACAUGUCGGAAAUACAAAAGUUAUUUCAUCCACAGCUUCCGGUAGUUAAUGCAGUAUUUCUACAUUUACUUAAGGAUCUGAGACCUUUUUCCACCACUGCUGGUAGCAUAUGCAGUAUAAGGGGAAAGUGUUACCUGUUUUUAUAAAGGAAGUACCACUAGUAUAAGUCCAGGUAGUUGCAGUAGCAGAGAAUGUAAAAGUGCAAGUUUUAGUAGUUAUAGCAGAGCUUGUAGUAGUACUGUUAAGCCUACUGGUAUAUGGCUGCAGGAUUUACAUGUAAAGUAUUUAUAAAGAGCUUUUCUAGUCCUUACGACUACUCAAAGCUCUGUAACAUAGUACAGGAAGUAUUCACACUGUGGCCGAGGUUGCCAUACAAGGUGCCACCUGCUCAUCAGAUACACACUCACACACAUCAGAUACAUACUCACACAUAUCUACACUCUGAUGGGACAGCAUUGGGGGCAACUCGGGGUUCAGUGUCUUGCCCAAUGACAGUUCAACAUGGGACUGCAGGGCCAGGGAUUGAACCACCAACCUUCCGAUUGGCAGGCGACCACUCUACCACUGCCACAGCAACCCCAAACAAUUGUUUUUUCAAAAUUUUAAAACGUUUUACUGCAUUUUUUGCUUGACUUGAAGAAAAAGAAAAAAAACUUAACACUAUUAUUGCUCCUAAAAAUGUACCAUUUAAUGCUGUGUCAAAUUAUAGUAAAAUAUAGUAAAAAUAAUUAUAGAGCCUACUGUUAAAGGUAAAGCUACUUAUUUCUAUCAGAGGGAAUCUGAGCUUUUAACAGCCAGUUACUUCCUGUGUGCUACUAGUUGUAGCUUGGCAUAAGAAAUGGGUAAAACAAUAGUCCCUAACCAGUUUGUCCACUUUGAACUGGUGAUUUUGGAUGUCAUAUGUGAUUAAGUGUGGUUUGGUGGUAUUGUCAAAAUGUAGUGACUUCUGGCACACACUGCAGUGGCUUUUUAUGUGUAUUAGAGUGUCUGAGCACAUAUUAUUUAUUGAGUGUUUAGUGUUUUGUAAGUCUUUGCAAAAUGCAGGACAGAGUGGGUCAGAUGAGAUAUUGGUUGUUAUUGAUACAUGUACAGUAUAAAUCAAAUAAAUCUAGGUUUUGUCACCUGAA